CCAAACCCGAUCACUCCUACUACUGAGACUCCCUCGCAUCCAGUCAGUCCAUCUCGCAAAGCACACGAUCAACAAAUCGAACUAGAACUAGCCAGUUUGAGCCAAUGGCGGCCAUGUCGCGGUCCAGGAGGCUGGCGGCGCUGCUGCUGCUGCUUGCGCUGGCGGCCGCGUCGGGCGUGGCGGCCAAGCUGACGUCGACGGAGCAGCAGGGCGCGGCAGCAGCGGCCAAGGAGGGCGACCCGUCGUGGACGGGUUGGGCCAAGGACAAGAUCUCCGAGGGGCUCGGCCUCGACAAGAUCUCCGAGGGCCUCGGCCUCAAGCACGCCGUAGCCGACGACGAGGAGGACGCCGCCCGCAAGGCCGGCCACACCGUCAAGUCCGCGCGCGAGUCCGCCCAGCACGUCGCCUCCGAGACGGGGAGGCAGGCGAGCGGCAAGGCGGGCGACGCCAAGGAGGCGGCGGAGCAGGCGGCGACUGGGGCGGCCAACAAGGCGGGGCAGGCCAAGGAGACGGCCAAGGAGGCGGCGACGGGGACCGCCGGUACGGCGUCGAGGACGGCGGAGCAGGCCAAGCACAAGGCCAAGGAAACCGCGGAAGCUGCCAGCCAGAGGGGCGCCGAGGCGCACGAGCGGUCCAAGCAGGGGAAGGCGAAAGUGGAGGAGACGGCCAAGGAGAAGGCCGGACAGGGGUACGAGACGCUGAAGCAGACCAAGGACUCCGCCGCCGACAAGGCCGGCUCCGCCAAGGACACGGCAGCUCAAAAGGCCGCUGCCGCCAAGGACGCUGCUGCUCACAAGGCCGGUGCCGCCAAGGACGCCGCCGCUGACAAGGCCGGUGCCGCGAGGGACGCGACGUGGAAGGCGCAGGAGAAGGUGAAGGAGUACAACGAGGCGGCCGCGGAGAAGGCCGGGAGCGCUAAGGACGCCGCCGCGGAGAAGGCGGCGGCAGCGAAGGACGCGGCGGCGGAGAAGGCAGCGGCCGCGAAAGACACCGCGGCGGAGAAGGCCGGGAGCGCCAAGGACGCGGCGUGGAAGACCGCCGAGCAGGCGAAGGGGAAGGCGGGGAGCGCCAAGGAUGCGGCGCUGGAGAAGACGGAGUCGGCGAAGGAGGCCGCGUGGGAGACGGCGGAGGCGGCCAAGGGGAUGGCGGGAGACGGGUACGAGAAGGUGAAGGAGAAGGCGUGGGAGGCCGCUGACGCGACCAAGGAGAAGCUCGGGGAGGUCAAGGACAAGGUCACCGGCGCGGCGGACGGCAAGCAGAAGAAGCUCCGGACGGACGACGAGCUGUGAAGAGGAGGGAAGACGAUGAUGAUCCCCGCAUUUCUUGCCGUAGUUCCUUCUUGAUGAUGCAUUCGAAGUCCCUAGUUUGAGUUACGCUCUUUUGCUCUAGUUCCUUCCUUUUAUGUUGCUCCAAUGCUCCUUGUAAAAUAAUGUAAACAAACUUUUUUAUCUUGCACGAACAAGUUCUUGGCUA